GCGCUUUACGUCCCCUUACGUCCCCUUACGUCGCGUUGCGUCGGUGCCGCGCGGGAGGGAGCGGGCCAAGAUGGCGGCGGGGCCCAUCUCGGAGCGGAACCAGGAUGCGACUGUGUACGUGGGGGGUUUGGACGAGAAGGUCAGCGAGCCGCUGCUGUGGGAGCUCUUCCUCCAGGCGGGCCCCGUGGUCAACACCCACAUGCCCAAGGAUCGAGUCACAGGCCAGCACCAGGGCUAUGGGUUCGUGGAGUUCCUCAGCGAGGAGGACGCAGAUUACGCCAUUAAAAUCAUGAACAUGAUCAAACUGUAUGGGAAGCCGAUCCGAGUGAACAAAGCCUCGGCUCACAACAAGAACCUGGAUGUGGGGGCCAACAUCUUCAUAGGCAACCUGGACCCCGAAAUCGACGAGAAGCUGCUGUACGACACCUUCAGCGCCUUUGGGGUCAUCUUACAGACACCCAAAAUCAUGCGGGAUCCAGACACGGGCAAUUCCAAGGGUUAUGCCUUCAUCAACUUCGCCAGCUUUGAUGCUUCUGACGCUGCUAUCGAGGCCAUGAACGGACAGUACCUCUGCAACAGGCCCAUCACUGUCUCCUACGCCUUCAAGAAGGAUUCCAAAGGCGAGCGGCACGGCUCAGCUGCUGAGAGGCUCCUGGCCGCUCAGAAUCCGCUCUCCCAGGCAGAUCGGCCCCACCAGCUGUUUGCCGAUGCUCCUCCUCCUCCAUCUGUCCCCACUCCUGUGGUCACUGCUCUGGGACCUGGCGUCACCCCUCCAGGCCUCCCACCCCCAGGAUCAUUUCCCCCGCCGGUGCCGCCUCCUGGAGCAAUGCCUCCUGGCAUGCCUCCUGCCAUGCCGCCCCCACCGAUGCCACCUGGAGCCGGUGCCCCCGGCCCCCCCACAGGGGCUGCACCCACCGGAGGGCACCCGCCUCACCCGCACGCCUUCCCACCAGGAGGCAUGCACCACCCAGGAAUGCCUCCCAUGCAGGUGCACCACGGCCCGCCCGGGAUGGGCCAGCAUCACCCAGGACCACCAGGCUCUGGAGGCCAACCCCCCCCUCGGCCCCCACCCGGCAUGCCGCACCCCGGCCCCCCGCCCAUGGGUUUGCCACCCAGAGGGCCUCAUUUUGGAUCACCGAUGGGUAAGUUGGUGCCUGCCAGAGGCAGGGCGUGGAUCUUCUGUCCGUCAGACCCUCGGUCAAGUUCAGUGCCUGCUGCAGCCCUUCCUUAACAGGGCUGGGAAGGAGGUGAUGCGUGGUCCCCUCGCAGAGAGGCGUUUCAGAGCGGGACCUGGCAGCUCCGUGCUGCUUGGUGGGGUUUCCCAGGGCUUUUUUUCGUGUUUCUGGGGAUGUGGGACGAUGCCUGCAGGACAGGCGCUGCCCAGUCUGAUGUUUUUCCCCAUUUCCUGAGGGGAGAUGUCAACUGGGCUUUGCCAAAAGAAGGGUUCUCGAGGCCUGUGUGUCCAGCAGUCGUGCUGGGGGUCAUAGGAGGGACUUGGGGGAGGGGAGUGAGGGGCAGCGUCGCCUCGUGUCCCCUUGGAGCUCGGCACGGAGUGGCUGGGCACCGAUCACCACGAGAGGGGCUGUGGAUGAGGGCCCAGAGCGAUGCCACCCACCGCUGAGAGCUGAGCUGUGGGGUCAGCCCUGCCAUGGGGUGCCGUGGGAUGGAGGUGUUCUGAGCGGGGCAGCCCCAGGCCUGUAGCCCUCGCAGGGCCGAUGCUUGGGGCUUCCAUCAACCUUCUGGUUUACAGGUGAGCUCCCCAACCCGCGGGCACCAACUAAAAGCGUGGGCUGGGUGUG